GGCGUGGAUCUGACAAAGGAAGUCAUCGUUCCCAUUCCCCAUCUAUCCAGUGAAAAAAAAGAAGAGUCCUCUGUGCUCUCGCCUAGUCGCCCCCCUGUCUCCAACCCUAGCAAGCAACCAAGCAGAUCGCCGAUGGAUCAGGGCUGGGCCAGCUGGUUCGGCGCCGGCGUCACCUCCGCCUUCUUCGCCUCGCUCGAGCGCUGCUCCUGCAUCAACCUCUCCACCGACGACGACGACGACGACCACGAGGAGGAGGCCAACGACCGCCCCCUCAUGCUCGCCGCCCCCUCCGACCAGCCCCACCACGACCCCGUCCCCGUCCCCGCCCCCGCCCGCAAGGAGGAGCCUCCCCUCCCGCCCGUAUGACUUACUCCUCGUCCCGUCCGCGUCCUCUGCUCUAGAUCUCAUCAACUGCUGCUCGUCGUGCCCGCCGGCUAAUAAAUCUCGUCGAUUCUGCUGCUGGCCGGCCAUGUUUAAAUCCUCUUCAUUGAAUUGUUACUAGUAUGUGUGCCAUGGAAUCCUGUUCUUGUCUUCAUGUGAAUAUCAUCAUCAUCAUCCUAUCAUAUCAUGUACCAGUUAGUAACUUCGUCGCAACGGACCGAUGUGUCGUCGGAUAGUUGAUCAAUUUCUAUAUAUCUGUUGCUUGAA